AGCAAGGGUCACGUAGACGGCGCUCCCCGCCCGGCUCGCGUUAAGUUCUCGCGCGAGUUGUACUUCCGCCCUUUUGGCUCUCCGGUCGGCACCAUGGCGGUCGGCAAGAACAAGCGCCUGACGAAAGGUGGCAAGAAGGGAGCUAAGAAGAAAGUGGUCGAUCCAUUUUCUAAGAAAGACUGGUACGAUGUGAAAGCUCCAGCCAUGUUCAAUAUUAGGAACAUCGGGAAGACACUAGUCACGAGGACUCAAGGAACCAAAAUUGCCUCUGAUGGCCUCAAGGGUCGUGUGUUUGAAGUGAGCCUUGCCGAUCUACAGAAUGAUGAAGUUGCGUUUAGAAAAUUCAAGCUAAUCACUGAGGACGUUCAGGGCAAAAACUGUCUGACUAACUUCCAUGGUAUGGAUCUUACCCGGGACAAAAUGUGCUCCAUGGUCAAGAAGUGGCAGACCAUGAUUGAAGCUCACGUUGAUGUCAAGACGACCGAUGGGUAUUUGCUCCGACUUUUCUGUGUUGGCUUCACUAAGAAACGCAACAAUCAGAUAAGAAAGACAUCUUAUGCCCAGCACCAGCAAGUCCGCCAGAUCCGGAAGAAGAUGAUGGAAAUCAUGACCCGAGAGGUGCAGACCAAUGACUUGAAAGAAGUAGUUAAUAAACUGUAAGUGCGUUUCUUUUUC